AUGAGCAGAAUGGAAGAAGACUACAUGGAACAUCUUCGCAAGGCUUCCAUACUUUUGGUUGGAGCAGGAGGGAUAGGCUGCGAGGUGAUUAAAAAUCUGAUGCUCAACGGAGUCACGAAACUCACAAUAGUGGACAUGGAUACAAUAGACGUAUCGAACCUGAACAGACAGUUCCUGUACCUGCCAGAGCACGUGAACAAGUUCAAGGCGGAGGUGGCGAAAGAGCGAGCACAAGAAAUUAACCCGGAGAGCGAAAUAGAGUACCUGGUCUGCGACGUUAACACGUGGAAGCCGAAGGACAUGCUGAAGUACGACGUGGUACUGAACGCGUUGGACAACGUGAAGGCGAGAUCGCACAUCAACUACUGCUGCGUACAGUCAGGAGUGCCGCUGAUAGAGUCGGGAAGCACAGGAUAUAACGGACAAGUGUAUCCAAUAUUGAAGGACGUGACGAAGUGUUACGACUGCGAACCCCUGCCGAAAACGACAGCAAUACCAGUGUGCUCAAUAAGACAGAUACCAGAUAAGCCGACGCACUGCAUAGCGUGGGCAAGAAUGCUGUACCAGCUACUGUUCGGGACGCCAGACAACAAUAACCUCCUGACGGACCUGUCAGUGCCGACGCUGCCGCCCUUGGAGGACCUGAACGAGGAGUCGGUGGUCGACUACACAAAUAGAAUUUUUAACUUCCUGUUCAACAGCGAAGUGGAGUCGCUGCUGAAGAUGGAAAAGGUGUGGAAGGAGAGAGACCAGCCAAUGCCGCUGGCACACGAGUUUAGACUAAAGGGAAAGGAGGAAGAGAAGGCAGAGGCGUCAGAAUCGACGGAGUUAAGAGGUAAAAGGAGGAGUUCAAAAAGUAGGAUCGCAAGCGGAUCAAAAGCGAUGAAGACCAACGAAGGAGUGAAGGUUAAAGUAGGGGAGCAGGACUCAGCGCAGAAGUUCAACAAGUUCGCAGUGCUGGAGUUGGAUGAGCUGUACGACCAGUUCGAGAGCAGCGUGGCCAAUAUCCUGCUCAAAAACGCGCACAUCCUGGGCAGCGCAGCCUUUUCGAAGGACGACGAGGUGGCGGUGGAGUUCGUGGCGGCCUCGGCGAACAUCAGAAUGCACAACUUCGGAAUUAAGCGCCUGAGCACGUGGGAGGUGCAGUCAAUCGCAGGCUCGAUAGUGCCGGCAAUCGCCUCGACGAACGCAAUCGUGGCCUCGUUUCAGGUGGUUCAGCUUAUGCACCUCCUGAAGUACCUCAACUGUGAGCAAAAGUGCUUCAGCGCCUCGAAGUGCCGCAAGGUGUGGGUAAAGUCGAACGUGAUGGGCUCGAACCCCCUGCUUGGCGGGAAACUAUCUCAACCGGAAGAACUGGACCCACCAAACCCCAACUGCACGACCUGCCAGCAGAAGUCAGUGCGAGUGCACGUGAAGUCGCUGGAGACCACAAUUUUUGACUUCGUGGAGCGGGUCGUGCGGGGGCUGCUGGGCUUGGAGGUGGUGAUCCUGGACCUGGGUUUCCGCAACAUCUACGACGGCGAGGGCUUCGAGGAGGACGAGAAGUACGCGGAGGCGAUUAGGAAAAACAGCCUGGCCUUUUACGGGGUCGCCGACUCGUCGAUCAUGACGGUGACGGACCUAAACGGAAGCUCGCAGUUCGACUUGGUGGUACUCCACGACCCGUCCAUGGAAACCGACUUUAAGCUAAUGUAG